AUGGAAGUCGUCGGGGCGGUGGCAAGCUUUAUAGCCAUAGGCCAGGCUUUAAGCACCGCUCGCCAUGUCGCUCACAUUGCCCGAGCGAUCCCGGGGAUAGAGAACGAGCUGAGGUGGCUCCAAAAUGAGGUCGAAGCUUUAGGAUUAAUCGAAGCAGAACUCGCUAGGGCGGGAGUCAUUGCCAGUGAUUCAAAAUUCGAAACAAUGUACCUAGAAAAGGCCAUGCUUCAGCUUACAGAAUCCACGAGGAGCCUCGAAGAAAUCCGAAAACGCUGCACUCGACCACUGAGUGCCGACGGCAAAGACAAGAUCAAAAAAAGAGCAUGGUUCUGGCUACAAGCUGAGCUCGCUGACUGUCGAAGUAAAGCGCGAGAUGCCAGAGAAAACCUCCAACUUGCGCUCCAAUCAAUCAAUGCUCAAUCUAUCACGAAGCUCGUUUUGCAGAUCGAGAGUCUAAGCAUGCAGAUCGUUCCGCACGUUCAACGGCUUGAAGGCUUUCCAGGUACUGGAGACGCUCCGGAGAGCCCGAAAUACAUAGAUGAGACGUCAACCCGCCUUGAUGAAGACUCGGCAGCACUCCAAGAUGACAAAACUCCACAAGCUGUAGCUGCCUUCUGCAAGAUCGGUGCCCAAUUCCAUGUUGCUGCCGGUGUCAUGCUUCGAAGCCAGUCUCGUGACGCAAGCCCUAACGGCGUGACGGCCUUGGAGAUCUGGGAAGAUCAGAUAUUGAAUGGAAAUUACGACGACUCUUGGUUCUAUGAGGCGCACGAUAAGAUUGUCAACACGCCUUCUCUACCCGAAGAGAAGAUGCAAGUACUCACUCGAAUCUUAUCUGCUGGUAAAUGGACCGUGAAUGCUAGUCAAACCCCGCUGCAUGAUGCCCUUUGCAGAGGUGAUUUCGACGCUGCCUUUCAAGCUGCCGAAGAUUCCAGUUGGGCCCUCAAUCAGCGGAACUACGAAGGCAACACGCCGUUACACAUCGCUGCAACACAAGGUCAUCUCAAUAGUGUCAAACAUCUCGUGCGUUUAGGUUGUGAUAUCAACGAAGCCAACUGGACGGGUUGUACUGCUCUAAUGCUUGCUUCGAAGGGCGGCCAUAUACUCACGGUGCAAUACUUGAUUGAUGCUGGUAGCUGGGUCAAUGCCACUGACAGAGGGGGCGAUACUGCGAUGAUGAUUGCUGCCACGGCGGGGCACGAUAAUCUAGCCGCAAUCAUUCGAUCUCUAAUCCGUGCGGGAGCAUCAGUAAACAUUACGGACCAGCAAGGGUUUUAUGCCAUCCAUCAUCUUACUUCGUCUUACAACAAAGGCCGUGUUAUUCGAGAGAGCUUAAGAGUCCUUCUAGAAGCCGGCGCUGACAUCGAAUCCCGAAAUCGUCCUGGGAGGACCCCGCUCUUGGUUUCGAUUCAGAGCGGAGACUGCAGAGGUACACAAUGCCUGAUCGAGGCAGGAGCAAAGACGACAUACGUAACACGCGAUGGUUGGGGCUUGCUUCAUGAAGCAGCUCUAUAUGGAACCACUAAGACGCUUCGAUACCUUUCAACUCUCAACUUACAGGAUAUAAACACGGGUUUGCGUACCGGCGACGGAGAAACGCCUUGGGAUUACUUGGUUUUCUCUAUUCAUGCGCAGGAUUGGCAACGUGCAGGGACCUUAACGCUGACCUCAAAACGACAAGAAGCGUUUGUCUCGUUAUUCAAAUCAAUCAGAGAUACAAAUUUGACGGUCGAUAUAGAGCGGCUGGAUUGGCUACUACAAUAUUUGAGAGACAGUGAUCAGCGAGGCGCCAUAGCUGCAUUGAGCCCUCUGAUCAAGCAGAAAAAAGAUUGGAAGCGAUGGGAAAUUCUUGGUACAUACAAAGCCAUCGGUUUACAGAUCCGAGAAGAGAUGUGGGAGGCAGCAGUUGAGUCUGUUGAAGAGGUUAUCGACUGCUUGCGAGAAAGAAUGGCCACAUCCCCGUGCGACAGCGAAUCGUACUACGAUCCGAAGACUCAUACCAUAUACCGAGCCAGAGAACUCGUAUGA